CUGGAAAAUAAAUCUAGUAUUAUUCGAUAAUUUAGCUUUGGUUUGUCAUAUUUAAGAGUCUUAUUCGCAUAAAAGUCGUGUUCUAUCUGUUUAUACUAAAAAAAAGUAAGCUAAUUAAAUCACUUAGUAAUUGAUCAUUUAAAGAAAUGUCAUGAGUUUCAUUAGGAAAACAAUGACUUUCAUCCCAUUUCUUUGUUUAUUUGAUCUUUCGACUUAGCUGUUUUAAAUAUUCAUAUAGCCAAAUUUCGUUGAAUAGUACAUAUCACCUAAUUAUUACGUUCAAAAUAUGUUAAGAUAUGAUAGGAUUAUUCAUAUUUACAAGAAAUUAUUGAACACCUGUUUGGUUGUUUUUGGUUCAGUUAGGAUUACGUUAAACUUCGUGAACAGUUCCACAUAGAGAAUUCUAUCAGUUUGGGAAAUAUAUUAUUCGACUAUAUAUCUAAUUAUUGAUUGGUUAAACGUUGGGAAUAUAAGGAGUUUCCGGACGUUAUUGGAUCGUUUAUGUGGAGUGUGAUAUUAAACACAUUUCAAAACCAAUAGCAAUUAAAAGUUACUUUUAUGGUAAGUUUUGUUUGAAGUUUACGUUCAACUGUUCAUAAGUAGCAAUCAACCUGUCACUACCGGACAUUGGUACAAAUGUCACCUUAAUACGAAAAUAAAUCAACCAGAUGAUACUCUAUAAAUGUUCAAUUUACCGACUGAAAAAUGUUUUUUUUCUUGUUCUACAGGUGACUAAGGUUAACAGAAGUCAAGUGAGUUUAGUAAAUCCAUUCUUAGAUUUCAUCACUCACCAGUCAGUCAUUGUUAACGUAAACCGUAGCCGAAGUUGCCAAAUCAUAUUAGUACGAUGCGAUGAAAUUAUGAGGUCUAGUUAUGUUUAGACUAAUCACGUACCGUUAAAGUGCAACUAAUCACAACUUCGUUUACACUCAUCUUAGAGCAAUAAUUUUUGUGCAGGGGCUUGUAAUCCUAUCUCAAUCCGUUUUUCAGAUUCUCUUUGUAGAAUAUCGAUAUACUUACAAAUAAUCAGAUGUCUAAACAUUUAUUAUGGUUCUCCCACAUUGAUCGGUGUAGGGUUGCGGAAACUGAGGGAGUGUACUGAUACUUAAAGUGUUGUUUUUUUUUCUGUGAUUUAUUACACAAAUUAUUGGACACCCUGAGCUUUAUCGUUGCUACUAAACUAUUUUGACUGAACUACCAUCAUUUCACUACCAGACCAAAGUUCUUAUUUUUACAAUACUGAAUUAAUAUCUGCUCGUUAACGUUGUUCUUUUUCACCAAAUUCUAAUCUCACAGAACAACAGAAUUCAUGAUAAUUUUGUAAGAAAUAAUCAUGCAAUAUGGAAAAUUGUAAAGUUAAUCUAAUUGGAAAUUCAACGGAUGUUGAACUGAUCACUUCUCUCGAAGAUUAUAAAGAACCGGUGCGUAGAGUGCGUCCAGAUGCAUGUAGAAAGUCUGUACAAGCAAGAAGAUGUGUUCAACAUUUGAAAAGAUUGAAAACGCGUUCAAGGAAACUUCAGUACAAUUCAACUAUUCAAGAUAACCAAUAUCAACUAUCAUACGAACUGUUUAAUUCAAUGCAAGAUCUAGGUUCAAUCUCCUUAACUUUAAAUAAUAAUAAUAACAAUAAUAAUAAUAAUAAUAAUACUAGUAACUGUUCACAACUUCCUCAACGAAAAAACAUUCUUUCAUAUAGAGAUUAUUUAGCCUUACCAAUUGAAAUACGUUAUCCAUACAAUUACGUCAGUGAUUUAUUUGAAGAUGCUCAUCCUGAAAAUGCUGACAGCAAUCGGAAUAAUAAUAAUUAUGAAGAACCCGAUGUUUUCCGGUUCAAUCAUGACGAUGUAGUUUGUGAGGGAGAUCACUAUUUAUUUAACUGUGAACUCAGUGAAUAUUUAGCUGAUGGAGUAUUGGGGAUUUACAAGCUGGAAAAUGAAUUUAUCCCUGCUAAUUUGAGUGCCCGAGAGAAAGAGGUGGCAGAAAUUUUCAAAAAGGAUUCCUAUCCCAAUUUGGUCAUAUGGUCUCUAAGAGAGAUUUUCGAAGAACACGGAGUUCAUAAAUGGAAUCAAACUUACGAUCGAGAUCACAAAACAUUUAAAUAUAGAUAUGGACCAUUGGCUCAAAAUGAUUCUGGACUUUAUUAUUGUCGUUUUAUUAUUCCUGGUGAAUAUUCGACUUUAAUGUCGACUUACAUGAAACUUGAAGUUAAUAUGAAGUGUCCUAAACCAUUAAUCAACUGGAUUGUUCGAUUACUCCCAUAUUUCCUAUUGUUCGUCUUCAUCUCAUUGAUUCUUCAACUGGUUUGGCUAUGGAGACGAAAAUCUGAAAUUAUUACAUAUAAGUUGAUAAGUAUUGGACGUUCUAUAGAGUACUAUGAGUUUACUACAGGUGAUGCACAAGUAUCAAAUAACAAUAAUUCGGAUAAUAAUUCAUUUGAAAAUACUACAAGUUUAAUGUUAGACCCGAUUAAUAAACCUGUGAUUAAUAUAAACACUAUUGUCGCCCGUCGUCCACCGAAAUUUAUAAAUAAAAUUAAAGAACGAUAUACUACUAAUCGUUAUGUAACUUCACCAAGUCAACAACAAUUUUAUAAUAGGUUCACACAUGAAGAAGAUAUACAACGUUUAAAAGAAUUAGAUAAACUAUUCUUAUCCAAUUAUCAACUCGAAAAAGAUGAACAUUAUGAGUUCUCACGUAAAAAUCUUCAAUUAACAUGUCGAUUAGGUUCAGGUGCUUUUGGUAUUGUUUAUAGAGGUGUUGCAGAAAAUCUACCAAAUUGUGUUAACCCUAAUGAGAAAAUCGAUGUUGCUGUUAAAACUUUAAAAGAUGAUUUCACAGAAGAACAUGUGUCUGAAUUCUUGAUGGAAGUGAAUAUUAUGAAACAGUUGCGUCAUAAGCAUAUCAUUGAAUUUUAUGGAGUUUGUACGGAAAAUGGUUUUGUGCUUUUGCAUACAGCUAGUAAAUAUCAGUGGUUUUAUACUGUAGGCUCACCACUUUUAAUAAUGGAAUAUGCUCCUUACGGGAAUCUCAAAGAGUAUCUACGUCGUCAUCGGGAAUUUUGGUUGAAUUGUGACAAUUUAUCUUUGAAACUCUUAAAUUUUGGAUGUCAGGUUGCUAGUGGUAUGAAAUAUCUGGAGUCAAAGUGUCUUAUUCAUCGUGAUUUAGCUGCUCGUAAUAUUUUGGUUGGUAAACAUUAUCAAUUAAAAAUUGCUGACUUUGGACUUACAAGAUUUGCUGAGAAUUAUUAUCGUAAAGUGAAAAAUGGUCGUGUUCCUUUAAAGUGGUUAGCUCCGGAAUCUCUAGGUGAUAAAAUCUAUACAAUUAAGUCGGACGUCUGGUCAUUUGGUAUACUAUUGUGGGAGAUAUUCACCCUUGGCUCAUCACCAUAUCCAAAUAUUAAUGUAACAGGAAUUAUACAUUCAAUCCAAUCAGGUGUACGUAAUGAAAAACCAUUAUUAGCAUCAAAUACAAUUUAUCAAAUUAUGUGUAACUGUUGGCAGUUUGAUCCAAAAGAACGAUUAUCAUUUUCAGAAUUAGUGAAUUUAUUAGAAUUACAAAUCAAUGAACAUGAUGAUCGUACUGAAAUUAGUGAAACAACUUCAGGAAUAUCAACAUAUCAUGAUGAUGAUAAUCAUAAUAAUUAUAACAGUGAUUUAUUAACAAAUAAUAAUGAUAAAAAUAAUAAAUUAGAUAUGGACAUUAGUAUUACGACUAAUGGAUAUGGUAGUUUUGAUUUCUCUGACGAUGAUCAACAGAGUGAUGAAUAUGUUCAUCAUCCUAUUUUGUCAACAGUAUUUACUUCAGUUUACUGUGAAAUGAGAGCCUAA